UUCACCUAUACCAGCUGGACAUCACGGUGAAACAGGGGCGUAACAAGGUGCGGGAGAUGUUCAUGAAGAAUGCCCACGUUACAGAUCCACGGGUGAUAGACAUGUUGGUUAUUAAGGGAAAGAUGGAUCUUCAAGAAACCAUUCAGGUAUGGAAGCAGAGGACUCACGUCAUGAGGUAUUUCCAUGAGACGGAAACCCCACGACCUAAAGACUUUCUGUCCAAAUUCUAUGCAGGCCACGAUCCCUGAGAGAUUGACUCUGUAUCUUCCUGCCUUGUAUUACAAAUAAAGUUCUAUAUAGUAGAAAAAAAAUCUGUACAGAAAGAUUGUAUAGCAUAUUAGGAGCCUAGUGACUAACU